GUAAUAAUAAUCAUAAUGAUAUACCAAAUAUCAUUGUACAAAUAUCAGAGACACCAAAUAAUAUACAAACAAUGCAUGGAAUAGAUGAUCAUUCAUCAAGUAUAAAACAACGAUAUCAACAAUCACGAAUCAAUUUACCACGUGCUUAUGAUCCUGAUGAAGGAAUUAACAGUCAAUUAACAUAUCAUCUUCAAUCAAUUAAGAAAUCAUUAGAUUAUAAACAUAAUUAUGAUAUUAAUCAAUCCAAUAAUCAUAAUGAUGAUGAUAUUCCAUUUAUUAUAGAAGAUAUACCUAAUAGACCAUUAGAAUUAAUUCCAACUAUAAAUUUAGAUUAUGAAUUAAAACAAAAUUAUGAAUUUUAUUUAUUAGCUAUAGAUUCUGGUUUACCUAAACGAACUGGUACAGCAUUAAUUAAAAUCAAUAUUAUUGAUAUCAAUGAUCAUUCACCAAUAUUUAAUCAAUCAAUAUAUUAUCCAUUAAAUCAAUUUAUUACUGAAAAAACAUUACCUGGUACAAUUAUCAUAAAUUUAACAGCAACAGAUCAAGAUGUAUCUUUCAUAAAUAAUCGUAUACAUUAUACAAUGAUUCCUGGUACAUUAGCUAUGAAUUAUUUUAAUGUACAAUCAAAUGGUUUAAUUAUAUUAAAACGUUGGUUAGAUUAUGAAACUAUGGAAACAAGUACAAUAGAUAAUCAAAUUAUAUUAAAUUCAUUAUUGUUUAAUAAACCAACACAAACAACACCAUUAAAUAAUAAUAAUAAUAAUAAUAAUAUAGAUAUUAAUACAAAUCAAAAAUAUAAAAAACAAUUUAUAUUUCAAGUGAAAGCUGUCGAUUCUGCACCUCAACCAUAUGAACUUACUAGUACUGCUGUAGUUAUUAUUCCUGUAAUUGAUGAGAAUGAUGAAGCACCAAUUAUAACUGUGAAAUUUCUUGGUACAUCAGAAAUGACAAGUUAUGGUGAAACAGGAGUUGUCAAAGAAAUGUUCAACCUCCUAUUCAAUUAG